CACAAAACUGGUUUACAUUCUGCAAGCAUUCUUUCACAAAGUUCAUUCAGCAGCGCAUGGGACAGAGAAACACGUCGACACUGAUGAAAAGUGCACAGGCAGUGAACGGAUCUCUCUGGAUCAGUCACGAUGCUUGCCCUGAGCAGUAGGACAGCACUGGUUUUGCUGUGGCUGGCUGUUUUGUCCAGCACAGCUCUGACCGAAUGCCUCCCUGAUGCCGUUGACCCUGAGUACCAGCUGAAUCUCAUUCAGGCUCCAGCCUCCCCCAUCAAGAACUCAGCUGGCUCUCUGGAGCCUCUCUAUAACUUUGCUCGACUGUUCCUGCUGGCCGUGCAACCAUAUGGGUUUCCCUUAGACACUGCAUCCCGAGUAUUACACAACGAAGCCACAAGCUCAGAGGUGAUCCGCUAUGAAGCUGGUUACAUGGUGUGCCUCAUUCUCGCUGUUCUUUACAUUGUGGCAAUCCCUGUAGUGGGUGUAGUGCUCGUGUGGCGACACUUUCACUAUAAAAAGAUGGCAGUAGAGAGUCAACCGUCACCGUCAUCAUUACCAUGGUACCAAAGGAACGUCACUGUGAUCACAUGCCUCUCUGUUGUGGUCAUCUUACUGCUCUGUGGUGUGAUUCUGACGUUCAACACCAACAACAAGAUGCGUCAGAACAUGCAACCAAAUCUUUCUAGGCUCAGGACGGACAUUGGGAACAUUGAGAAAGCGCUGAACUCUGUUCCACAGAAAGUGGACUCCAUUGUUGACAAAUUCUCGCUCUUCCAAGAGGAGCUGAUGGAGGAACUGCAGGAAACUGGUGAUUUAAUUGGUCAAACAAUCCUCUCGUCUCUCAAUUCUACAAUCAACGUUGCCGUGGACAGCUUGAGGACCACUGUUCAAGAUGCUACUGGUGCACAGCGCCACCUUCUGGAGGUGAAGGAAUUGAGAGGGAACAUGCAGGCCAUCUACACACUCUUAAAUAUGGAGCUGACUGAGAUGCAGACGCAACUGGGCAAACUCAACAGCAGCCUGAAUACCUCCACCCUGAUGACUGAUGCCAAUUAUGACUUGAUACCCAGUGUGGAUCCUGAGGUGCAACAGCUAAGCUUUGUAUCCGUAUUUAAUGGCAUGGAAGAGCAGGUUGAGAUGUUGAUCUCCUCCAUUCCUAGUAUCUGUGCAAAUCAGAGCACUCCACAGAUUGAAGGGCUGCGAGUGUACUUGAACAUUGUACACAACGUGUUCAGGAACUCCAGCAAGCGGCUGCCCUCUCUGAGGUCCCUCUCAAGUGCUGUUUCCAAUGUCCGUGCAGUGCUUGACAACACCAAAGCAGACAUUGAAUACUACGACUAUGUCAGGUGGUCAGUUUCAGUUGCAUUCUGUGCAUUGAUCCUGAUUAUAUCGUUGCUGAUGUUGGCUGGACUGGUCAUUGGAGCAUCUAUGGUCAUCUCUCCCACACUUUACCCCUUCUACCUGCAAGACCAGCUGAGACUGACCACUGUUUACCUCCUCUAUGUUGCUUCAGGAAUGAUAUUCAUCUUUUCCUGGCUCUUCAUCAUCAUGGUCUUCAUCAACCUGUUUUUUGGUGGGAAUGCUCAUGCUCUGGCCUGCAGAAGCUGCACUAAUGGUGAUAUUUUUGAGUUCUUGGACAAGCAAACUCUGUUCAGCAGUCUGCAUGCUGAAGAGCCUGAAGACAUGGACAUUGUUGCCGCCACUGCCCAAAGUCCAAUCAUGACCACAGACAAUAGCACUACUGAUCUGUUUAUGAACCCCACAGACCAUCAGAGGAAACAGGCCAUCAAUACCUUUGAGAUAUACCAGGGGUGUCAAAUGGGAAGAUCGAUGUUCUACAGCAUGCACAUGAACGAGCUCUUCAGUAUGAACAAGUUCCUCAAUGAAAGCAUGUAUCUGAGCGGACUUGUUUACAGCAUGCAUGCUCUGAAUUUUGACCUGAGCUCUAUACAACUGCUCCCAGACAGCGCUAGAACAGCGGUGCAGCAAUUUCGGGACUUCAGCAACCUUGACCGAAUCAAUUACAAUAAUUUUCUAAGGCUGCUGGCUAGUCCAAUAAUGAAAACAGACCUGGACGCUUUUGCAACACAACUGGAGAGAGCAGCCCUGACGGCAAAUGGCACCAUUGGAGAGAAUCUCAUGAGUGAGGCAGCUAAAGCCAGACAGCUGGCCAAUGUAGUUCGUCUACAAGACUCAUACAGACGCAAUAUGUCUUACAGUAUAGAGGCUCUGGCAACCAUCAGAAGAAAUUAUCAGGCGAAUGCAGACAACACUCUUCUAAAUGCCACUGAAGUUGAAAGCUCUCUGCAGCUUCAGGUUCCUGAUGCUUUGCAGAACGUGUCUGACUGUGUGAUGGAGAGGGCGACUGAAUUGCUGAGGCAAUACUUUGUCUUCGUCAGAUACGCGAUAAUAGAUGAGGCCCUGGAUUGCAGCUGGCUCCCUGUCUCCCUCAGCAACAUGUACACUGCCACGUGUGAUAAUCUGAUUGGACCGUGGAAUGCAUUCUGGCUGUCUCUGGGUUGGUGCUGUGCUUUCCUUGUUCCUGGUGUCAUCUUCAGUAUCCUGGCAGCUCAACUAUGGAAGCCUCCAACUUCACCCGUGAAUAGGGAGCGGUUCCACAUGCCGUAUGACAUCUUCGAAAAAGGCACAAACACCACCUGCAUGACCCUGGACUCCCUGAAAGGCAAAAGGAAGGACGGAGACACUAAGAAGCCUAACUUCAACGUCUACAUGACUCUGGACGACGUGAUCGGCUUUGAUAAAGGCAAAAAGGAGAAAGGAAGCUGCAGCGCAUAAAGCAACAAUAAAUGGUCAGGAAACUACCAUACGGCUUUCGGGGGCUAAUGGGUCACUCCUUCCAAAUACACGGUUUUUUUUAUCCUUAAAUAAUGUCUCACUUCUCUCUUAAUGGCUGCCUUUUGUAGCUCCUGUGAUGUCCAGUCUUAACCUUGUACGUCUUCUGGCUGCUUCUUUACAUAAAGCUAUUAUUAGCUGAUGAUGUUUUGGCUUCUGUUUAUAUAAAACACACUGAAUUGGCUUUGUAUGUGCUCUAUAAAAAAUUGUGCCUAAAAAAGUCAAGAGAGCCUGUAGUCCACUCUUGUAACUCCAGAGGGCAGCAUUAAUCCAUAUUUGGUCAAAUAUCACACCCUUGGGCCGUCAUAUAUCCAGUGUAAUCAGCCAGCGAUCUGACUCAGGUGUUUGGACACUGCUGAAUGUCUCCAGGCUGGACUUUCUGACCCCUACUCCACCUGGUAGCUGUGUUUGUGGGCAGAAAUAUCCUGGUGAGUUAUUUGAGAGAGAGAGAGAGAGAGAGAGAGACUACAGAGCUGUAUUUCCUGAUGAAUGCAUAACCAAAAAAGGUCACUGAUCUAAAACACCAAGACCUUUUUCAUAGCUACUAUUGACACCUUAGACAAGCUUUACAGAAGACUGGUUUAAAAAGCGCCUGUUUUUUCUCUUUCUUGGUUUCUGGAAGUAGUAUGUAAAAAAGACUGAUUAUAUCAAAAUAAUGACUUAUUUUCCUACUUUAUUGACAAAGCAUUUUUAAUAUAACUAAUUUCCCUAUUUCAAAAUAAAGACUUAGUUCUGUAAAAUAUUGACUAAGUACUUCAAAAUAAAAAUGUAUAUUCUGUAUAUUCUGUAUAUUAUGUUCAGUGUUUUGUCUGAUUCUCUGUGC